CUAAAUAAAUCUAAAAACCAAAACGAGGAAAAAACAGGAUAAAGAAGGAUAGUGUCAUUGCUAACAAGGAAAGACAACGCGAACUAAAAAAUAAUUACGACCCAAGAACAAUAAUAAUAAGCAACAUGAGCAGCCUGUCAGCGCCCAGCGCCUGGCCGGAGCCAAUCAGGAGAACGACAAUGCGGCCCGUGGAGCGGGAGAGGGAGAGGGACAGGAGUACGACACGGUCGCGAUGGGCGAUGGCGAUUUUAUCGCGGCGCAAUUAGAUGCCGGAGAAGAUGUGGACGAUGGCAUUGAUCUGGGAGAUAGCAGCCAUCCAGGAGGUGGAGUAGCAGGAGGGUCAAGAGUGGCCAAAGGAGGAGCGACACCGACAGCGACAGCAGGUCGCCCACUCUUUCCACUCUCCUCCUCGCCGCGACGCAGCAAAAAGCUGCUGCGCUCUCUGAGAGCCCACGUAAAGGGAGAGAGCAGGCCGGAGAAGCCUGCGAAGGCAGCGAAACCGCAGAGCGAGCCGUCCAGCGAGCUGACCAAGCGGAAUGCCAGGGUGACCGUGCUCGAUGAUCCCUUCCUCUUCGGGAUCGACGCCGAUCACCUGGGCGAUCUGGUCAGGGGCAAGCAGUACAGUCCUAUGGAGGCCACCGAGAAUAUAGCCAAGUUCUACGAGCUGCAGCUGGAGACGACGGAGGCCACGGCCCAGGUCCUGGAGAUCAUCGAGCAGGAAGAGGAGCCCCCCGAGCCACCCAAGCCCGCCCUGCUGCCCAAGCAGAAGCAGCCACGUCCUGUGCCCCCACUGCCGGCUCGGAUUACCCAAACAGCGGUGCUGCAACCUCUGACCGCCGGCGACCUACAGUUCCUGAAUCUGAGCCUGCGGCAUCGGAGUUUACCGCGCAGCAUGAAGCCGUUUAAGGAUCCCCACGAUAUCAGUUUCACUUUCAAUGAGCUGGACACGAGCACGAGCGCCACUGCCGCAGCCGCAGCCGCAGCAGCAGCGGAUGUGGCCACAGGAGUCGGCGUCGGCUCGUCGCAGCAGGAGUCAAAUGGGCCCAUCAGACGGACGCCGCUAACGCAGAUCUCCUAUCUGCAGAAGAUUCCCACCCUGCCGCGCCACUUCUCGCCCAGCGGAUUCCCCCAGGGCAUGCCCCCGCCGCCGGCCUUGGCUGGCUGUGGAUCCGCCUUAGGUCUGCCCAGCAGCUCCUCGGCCAGCGCUCUGUAUGCUGCCCAGAAUGCGGGCAUGCUGCCCACCUCCCCACUGCCCCUGCAACGCCACCAGCAGUACUUGCCGCCCCAUCAUCAGCAGUUGCCGCCGCUGGGCGCUGGACCAGGCCAAGGCCAAGGCCACGGACUCAGUCUCGGACCGGGAGGAGCUGGUCUCCCGCAGUAUUCGCCCGCUGUUUCGGGCUGCUCUUCGACCGCCAAGUACUCGAACGCCCAGCUUCCACCGCACCACCACCAGCUGUCGCCUGCGCUGUCCACCCCGUCGCCGCCAUCGCUGCUCCAUCAUCCCGCCGCGGGAACGUCCGCCUCGGCACACGCUCCCUUCCUGGCCGGCCCCCAUAUGGACAUGCAGCGGCAGUCGCAUUCUGACGACGACAGCGGAUGUGCUCUGGAGGAGUACACCUGGGUGCCACCUGGACUGCGACCCGAUCAGGUCCGCUUAUAUUUCUCGCAAAUACCCGACGACAAAGUGCCAUACGUUAACAGUCCGGGGGAGCAGUAUCGUGUGCGACAAUUGUUGCAUCAACUUCCGCCGCAUGAUAACGAGGUUCGUUACUGUCACUCACUGACGGAUGAGGAGCGCAAGGAGCUGCGCCUCUUCUCCACGCAGCGCAAGCGUGAUGCCCUCGGACGCGGCAACGUCCGACAGCUGAUGAGUGCCCGGCCAUGCGACGGCUGCGACGAACUAAUCUCCACGGGGGACAUUGCCGUGUUCGCGACGCGCCUCGGCCCCAAUGCCAGCUGGCAUCCGGCCUGUUUCACGUGCUGCAUCUGCCGCGAACUGCUGGUGGACCUCAUCUACUUCCACCGCGAUGGACGCAUGUAUUGCGGGCGCCACCACGCGGAGACCCUCAAGCCCCGCUGCUCGGCCUGCGAUGAGAUCGUCCUGGCUGACGAGUGCUCGGAGGCCGAAGGACGGGCCUGGCACAUGAACCACUUCGCCUGCCACGAGUGCGACAAGCAGCUGGGCGGCCAGCGGUACAUCAUGCGGGAGGGCAAGCCCUACUGCCUCCACUGCUUCGAUGCAAUGUUCGCGGAGUACUGCGACUACUGCGGGGAGGCCAUUGGCGUCGAUCAGGGGCAGAUGAGCCACGACGGCCAGCACUGGCAUGCCACCGACGAGUGCUACUCGUGCAACACGUUCUGCUGCUCGCUGCUCGGACGCGCCUUUCUGCCCCGCCGUGGGGUCAUCUACUGCUCCAUCGCCUGCAGCAAGGGGGAACCACCGACGCCGUCCGACAGCUCUGGCACCGGCAUGUACACCACCCCCACCCCGCCCACGCAACGGGUGCGUCCCCAGACGCGCAUCACCAGCAGCCACUCCUCCAGCUCGCCGCCGAUGUCGCCGCAACAGCAGCACCAGACGAGCACCGCGCAUAACAUGUCGCCCCUGAAUUCUCCCGGAGUCUUCCAGCCGCACCUGAUGCCCAAGCCCAUGGAGCUGCAUCGCGAUGGCGUCUACAACUUUAACGAGAUGUCCUCGAAUCUGGACACGGCAUGGCCGGCCAAGCCCCCGCUGGGAGCCACCCACAGCUACCAGCUGCAGCGGCAGCUGAUGGAGAACCAGCACACCUCCAGCAUGCCAGAGCUGGCGGGGAAGGGUCCAAUGCUGCAGCACCAGAUGGCGGCCCACUUUGGUCAGCAGCCGGCGCUUCAUUCCUCCGCCCAGCAGUUCCAGCACGAGUACGCGGACAUCAUGCACCCACCGCCCCCGACCCCCGAAAGGGGUGCCGUAGGAGAGGUGCCUGAGCUUCCGACGCCCAACCUUAGCGUCGCCUCCACGGCCCUGCCCCCAGAGCUUAUGGGCUCGCCCACACACUCCGCCGGUGAUCGCUCCCUAAACACGCCCCUGUCGGCGCACUCGGCCACGCACGGCCCCACGCACACCGUGUCCAUCCUGAGCGGGGCCUCCUCCUCCUCCCCCAUGAGCGGAGAGCCGGCCAAGAAGAAGGGCGUCCGCUUCGAGGGAAUACCGGACACAUUGCCCCGCUCCCGCAGCUACUCCGGCAAUGGAGCUGGCACGAGCGGGGGAGGCGACAAGGAGCGCGAUCGGGAUCGGGAGAGGGACAGAGACAGAGACAAUGGGGGGGAUAAGGAUAGAGGGAGUGGUCGCCAUGGGCCUGGACAUUCCUCGAGGCGUAGACGUCGCCGCAAGUCCACCUCCUCCACCUCGUCCGGAAACCACCAUCGCAGUGGCAGCGGCCACCGGUCGCACUCCACCACCCGAGCAGACACCUAUGCCCCCGCCCAGCCGUUGUCCUCCUCCUACCAGGGCCCGCCCUCCGUCCUGCAGGCGGACAGCGAAACCGCCCACAAGUCGCCGCGCCAGUAGAGAGAACGGGAGCGCGAGGAGUCGGCAGAGGAGUCGGACGUAUGCUCCACGUGCUCCUCGAGCUCCUCCAGCUCCGAGGACUACAUGAUGAUGUACCAGCUGCCGCAGCGGCGGCACUAUGGCGGGGGGCGUGUCAGCUACGGGCCCAACGAUGCGCUGGCAUACGAUCGGAAGAGGAAGCCCGCCGAGAUGGCCGGCGACAAGGACAAGAACUGCAUCAUCUCGUGAUGCUGCCGAACCCGAGGCCAUUUUAAUUAGAGCUGAUUGCCGAGGACUAGGUCCAGGUGGAGGUGAAGGCGAAGGCGAAGGCGCAGGCGCAACAGAGAGCAGGCGAAGCGUGGCAAGGAGGUUAUUAAUGAGGCGCCCUGGGCACUCCACUCCGAUUCGAGCUGAAAGCCGACUCUAACGAAGUAGCCACAGACCCUGCGAGGGAUCAUCAAUUGUCCAGACCAGACCAGAACGGAAUGGAAUGGAACGGAGGCAAGAACUCAAGAAAGCAAAGCAAAGUUCAACUUGACAUUAAGGCACAAACAGAAACAUAUGCAACUCUAUCAGAGGACGAAACCAUACAAUAAGAGCCAGCCAAGUGGGCUCAACACUGUUCCAAAUACACAUCCCUAGAUAAGCGAAAAGAUUAAGAUCAUCUUCAAAACUAUUUUUAUAUAUUUUAUGCAUAUUUUGGAGAUAAGCCAAUUUAUACAUAUGUACAUCCAGAAAGUAAGAGAGAUAUAUAAUUAAUUGUAUUUAUUGCAUCCACUACAUAUAGUACGCCUAUAUUUACUAAAUGCGAUGUGGCAUCUUCGAAGCCGAUGCUACACGAUUGGGCUAAUGAUAAAUGUAUUAAAAUAAUUAUACUUUAAGCCAAUAAAUUGUAUUGCAUUCUCUUGAAUAAAGAGUUCAAAGAAGGUACACAAA